AUGCAAACUAGUAAGGAAAACAGAGAAAUAGUGAUUGUAGGGGCUGGUGUAAUCGGAUUGACAUGUGGCUAUCAAUUAGCCUUGAAGGGUUACAAAAAUGUGAUCAUUAUUUCAAAGGAUUUCCCAACUACUGGCUUGCGGAAAGCUGAAUACACAUCUUCAAAGAGUGGUGCACAUUUUAGACCCUUUCCAUCUAGAAAUUCUGACCAGUACAGAGACAGCAGGUACACGAGAUCGACAUACAAUUACUUUAAAAGAUUGGCAGUUGAACAUCCAGAAAGCUCCGUUAAGUUUAUGAAGGGAAUCGAUUAUCUUGAAUAUCCAGAUCCACUAUAUAUGAAGCUCGGAAAAGGAUAUCAUGAGGGUGUUGAUGACUUCAAGCUCAUUCCAAAAAAAAAACUUCCCAGAAAUGUUGUUUUUGGUGCUACUUACAAGACUUGGUGUAUGAAUUCACCUGUGUAUCUUGAGUUCUUACAGAAUGAGCUUGAUAUGAAAUAUGGCUAUAAAUUCAUUUUCAAAAACGUACCUUCGUUAAGCAUAAUCGCCGAAACGUAUCCACAUGCCUUAAUUAUUAAUGCUACUGGGAUGGGAUUACAAUAUGAUGGCUCAUAUGAUCCUUCUUGCUAUCAAAUCAGGGGCCAGACAUUGCUAGUGAGACCUCCAUUGAACAACAAAUAUGAAAGAUGCACGGUCACUUAUCAAAUGGCGAACGGUGAAUGGUCAUUUGUGAUUCCAAGACCUCUAAGUGGUGGAGUAAUUAUAGGAGGUACAAAGGUGGUCAAUGGAAAAAACCCCAAUCCAGAUCCUGUUGAGACCAAAAAUCUUAUUGAAAAUGCAAAAAAGAGAUUUCCUGAAUUAUUAUUAGGAAGCAAAAACGAGUUCGAAAUACGCAGAGUUAACGUCGGAUUUAGACCUGCUAGAAGGGGCGGUGCCAAGGUUAAAAAAUCUGUCGUUGCGGGCACAACCAUAAUUGACUGUUAUGGGUUUGCAGGAUCUGGGAUGGAAAUGUCAUGGGGUGCUGCUGAGAAAGUUGUUUCACUCCUGGAAAACGAUGAAGCAUUCCAAAGAUCAAAGCUUUAA